UAAAGAGAUAAAUUAAUACAUUUUACCUCCUUGUACUCGAUUCAGUUCGGUAUCGCUAAAGGACGCCUGUGGUGAACGAGAAAAAAUGGGAGAAUUGGCGUAUCCAAGAAAGCUAAGCUGUCGAUUCUUUUAUUGUUUGACUUUGGAUGAGGAGAAUGUCGAUUCAUGGGGCAUCAUCGAGCUGCAGGGUGAGCUUGAAUCGCGGAUCAAUAAGAGUAUGCUCGACCAAUUUGUAGGCGAUCUGCACUUCAGCGUACAAAACAAUGCAGUGCCGGUGUUAAUCAUUGGGCACCACAUCCUGUACGGAAGGUGCGUUAAUAUGGAAAAGCCAUACGCCGUACUCGAGAAGAGGCGUGCCAAUGACUCCACUGAAUAUACGGUUAAGGCAGUCGUCAAGAAAAAGAUUGUUUUUAAGAUCAGGCCAAAGCCGAUAAUCGCUAAUGUGACGAACCAGUAAAAAAGUGGAAAAAAUUGUGACCGUCAAUUUUUUUAAAAGGUAUUUUUCUCUUGUCACUCAAAAUAUUUAAUCAUAAUUGAUUGCAUGAUAUUUUGAGAUCAUACUUUCAUAGUGUUAACUUAUUAAAAAUC